AUGGCCGCCAUCCACACCGUCUCCGCCAACCAGCUCCCCGUUGCCAUCGAGUGCAACGACGGCCGCCUGCUCUUCGUCAACGUGGCGCGCGACGCCACCGUGGCCGGCCUGGAGGACACCGUGCGCGCCGCCCUCAACGGCAAGAAGCUCUCGCUCAUCAUCGACGGCUGCACGCCCGCCGCCGGCACCACCCUGCGCGACAUCCACGAGAGCUGCAAGCGCGCCGACGGCUUCCUGUACGUGGCGGUGCGCGCGGAGAGGGCCAUGGGCGGGAUGGUGACGCCGUGCUUCGCGUGGGACGGCCCGUACGACCUGUAG